CCCGCAGACAUGUCAUCAAACAGAAUCCGGCCGGAGUGGUUGCUGCUGCUGGCGGCGACACUAAUCCCGAUGCUGCAGGCCGGGAUAGUUAGGGAUCAGGAUCCGGAUCCGGAUCCGGACACCACCAUUGCUAGCACAGACCUGGACUUGGGCCAAAGCCCCUAUACAGAGCAGCUAGAAACGAAAUCCGAGUCGCAAAAGGAGCCCUCUGUUCAAGUGGAUGGCCGACGCAUCGACUGUAAAUUGACUUUCGAUGCGGCGACAAUGGACUCGUUAGGUUGCCACAAUGAGGGGGCGUGGCAUCGGGCUGGUAAUAAGCCGGUGGAGAAGCCACUGCAAAAUCCGGACUGGCAGCAACAGCAACAGCAGCAACAGCAUCGUCACUUGAAGUCCCCGGACAGCCAGCCCAUCUAUGAAUUACAAUUGGUUGUUUGGCCCACUGACAUCGAGGAUGGUGAUGACUUUGGUCCGCCGCUGACCACCACAACAACAACAACAGAUGGCACCACAACUAGCAGCAGCAGCAGCAGCAGCACCACCACCACCACCACCACCACCCCAAAACCCAUCCAAGUUGGGACACCUAUUGAGCAAAUAUGGCCAUUGUACGAGGAUCAAUUGGUCGUAUUUCCGCAAAUGGACUUUGAAGAGGAGAAUCUUGAUUAUUUCUUCGACGAAGUGGCACCACCCACAUCAGCAUCAACUACACGACCUGCAACCACCAGCCAUCCCACGGGCACGCCCACACCCACGCCCAUUUAUGUUGUGCAAAACUAUCACGUCAUACACCCCAAUGGCACCGAGGAAUACAAAUUAGUGAUGAGCAACGGUCUGGUGAACUACAAGAAGUUGUACACCAAGAAAGUGGGUGACCAGGUGAUCAACGUGCAGGAGGGCUACAAUUCAGUGCCCAUUCCCGGGCCCAAGAAUCAAAUCCAGACGCAGUACUACAUUGCCGACGAGCGGGGCUACAAUGUCUACAGAAUCGAGCUCCACUAUCACCAGCCAGGGUUGCCCAAACAUUUGCAUUACAAAGCCACAAAAGCGACCAAUAUGUGAAAGAGGAUGAACAGGCUUUUGAAGCGGUGGGCACAGUGGUCCUCAA